GUGGGUUCCCGAUUCGUUGUCGGGAAGUUGGAGUUUCUCUACGAUUUCUGAUCAAGCGCGCAAGCCGACUGUCAUUGUUCCAGUGUGAGCAACCAUGUACUGUCUAUUACCGUUACUUCUCCUUAUCGCCACUGCCUCAGCUGCAAUUCGUUGCUGGUCCGGGCAAGAAACCGUUCCAGGUGUGGGAAUCCCUUACACAACAGUAAACUGCCCUACUGCCGAUUUUUGCUUCCAUAAUUACGUGAAAAGGCAUAUCAAUGGAGAUGAUAGCUAUACGAUUACGAAAAGCUGUGGGGAACCUGGAAAAUGCUUCGUAAGUUAUUUCCUUCAAUUUCCAAAAGUUCCAAAAACUUCUGAGCAUUCUGCCGUUGAAACAGCGCCAGGGUACCUAUUCAACUAA